UUGACGAUCACCUUGCGCAUUCCAAUUUAGAGUGCGCCAAAAUUGUUGACAUUGGCAAGCAGGGCAGCUGAUUCAUUCCAAUUUAUUCAGAGCAAGAAAAUCAUCGUUUUCAAUCAUUUUUACAACAUAAUUUCACGAAUCCCAAUUUAAAAUGGAAAUCGACACCGCAGAAAAUGAGCGCUUUGUCGCUCUUGGAAGUAUGCUCAAAAAUUUGGUUGGAAAUGAAGUGUGUUUGGUCGGAUCUGUAACUGAUGUCCACAGUACUGGUACCUCCAUUAAGCUUGUCACCACUGACAAAGUCAACGUAAAUGUUACAUUUGAUAAUCAAGAGGAAAUCAUGAAAGGCCAGUGCGUUCGAGUUUGGGGAUCAGUGGUCGGACCAAAUGCCAUCGCAGGAGAGAGUGUGUGGAUCUUCAAAGCACACAGUAGCCUGCACGAUGACGACGUCAAGAAAUCACCCAAUUCCAUUUUUGAUGAGGAGGCCUACAAUGCUGCUGUGAAAGUCUACAAUGAACUGAAGGAAUUUGUUCAUAAACAAGAAGCUAUAAUCCCUGAAAAUUGAGCCGUUUAAGUUAAUAAUAAGCCAUAUGAAAAGUUCAUCCUCAUCUCACAUCCAGCAUUUAAAAUUUCUUAAAUAAAAGAAUCACUUAAUUUUGUA